CAGCGCCUAGGGGCACGGGCGCCGCCGGAAGCCGGGGCAGGGCGGGGCGGCGAUGCGGUGAGGCGCGGGCACCGCGGCGAUGAGCGCCUCCGCUGCCACCGGGGUGUUCGCUCUGUCGCUCGCCGCCAUCCCGGUCACCUCCGUCUUCAACCACCUGGCGGCCCAGUACGAUUCCUGGACAAUUGUAGGGGUUGCCGCCCUCAUCCUGCUCCUGGUGGCCCUGGCAGCCCGUGUCCUUGUCAAGAGAAAACCACCCCGGGACCCCCUGUUCUACGUAUAUGCAGUCUUUGGAUUUACCAGUGUGGUGAGCCUCAUCAUGGGGCUGGAGCAGGAUGGCAUCAUCGAUGGCUUCAUGACACACUACCUGAGGGAGGGUGAGCCCUUUCUGAACACAGCCUACGGGCACAUGAUCUGCUACUGGGACGGCUCGGCCCACUACCUGAUGUACCUGGUGAUGGUGGCAGCCAUAGCCUGGGAGGAAAGUUAUAGAACCAUUGGCCUAUAUUGGGUUGGAUCCAUUGUAAUGAGCAUUGUUGUUUUUGUGCCUGGAAACAUCAUAGGGAAGUUUGGAGCACAAGUUUGUCCUGCUUUUUUCUUAAGCAUACCAUAUGCUUGUCUUUCCAUCUGGGCUGGUUUCAGAAUCUAUAACCAGCCAUCAGAAAAUUACAAUUAUCCCUCAAAGGUUGUUCAAGAAGCACAAGCAAAGGACCUGCUGAGACGGCCAUUCGAUUUAAUAUUAGUCAUAUGUCUACUUCUGGCUACUGGAUUCUGCCUGUUCAGAGGCCUGAUUGCUUUGGAUUGUCCAGCUGAGCUCUGCCGAUUAUAUACACAGUUUCAGGAGCCCUACUUGAAGGAUCCUGCGGCUUAUCCUAAAAUUCAGAUGCUGGCAUAUAUGUUCUAUUCUGUCCCAUACUUUGUGUUUGCCUUUUAUGGCCUUGUGGUCCCUGGGUGCUCCUGGAUGCCCGAUGUCACGCUGAUACACGCCGGAGGCCUGGCCCAGGCCCAGUUUUCUCACAUUGGUGCUUCCCUUCAUGCGAGAACGGCUUAUGUCUACAGAGUCCCUGAUGAAGCCAAAAUCCUUUUCUUAACAUUAAAUAUAGCAUAUGGAGUUCUUCCUCAGCUCCUGGCCUAUCGCUGUGUCUACAGACCAGAGUUCUUCAUAAAAACAAAGGCCGAUGAAAAAAUGGAAUAGACAGGCCUUCACGUUCUUCCUCUUGGGUCACUCCCUGGCUGCACUGGCACUUGUGUUUUUCCUCAUUUCACUUCCUUUCCAUACAUGAAUACUCAUGCACAAGUUUUUGAUCUUCACUGUAUGUGUGAUCAAAAUACAGUAUUGUGUGGAUUAAUUUUCUUUUUCAUGGAAAAUUGAAGUAAUUGGGAAAUAAUGGUUUAAAGAAAUAUAUCAAAAUUAUCUGUGAAUAAACCUGACCAUAUAUUUCAAUAUUCCAUUUGUGCAUAUUAAAUUUUGUGUGAAAAAUUACAGUUUAAUGCCUGUAACAGUGAGCAUAAAGAUGAAUGGUGAAUAUGGUUGAUGUAUAUAAAAUAAGUCAAAACAGCAGUUGCAGGUUGGAGAAAUAGCUUCUGCAUAUAAAAUGUAUAUGCUUCAUUAUCAACCUCAAUAUAAAAGGCCAUCAGAAUAUUUUAAAAUGUUUUCUCAAGGAAAGUACAUCAUUAACUGCUUUAAAAAAUUACUAUUAAAAAUAUUUGUGUGAAUCUAAAUAGUUAAAAGGAGAUAGCCUAUCAUUACCCUUAGUAAAUAUUUGUUUUAUUGGUGAUUGGAAAUAUUUCUAUUGUAUUUCUGUGCAUAUUUUUAAUAAAAUUAUUUUUUGCCUUUAUGAAAA